CGGUUUGUGGUUGGUGGCAGCGCUGCUCGUCUUCCUCUCAGACGGGGCGUCGGACCUGGUGCUGGCGGCCGAUUAUCUGCAGCGGAGGCGGGUGAGCUGCUUCUGGGCCACGGUCCUACUGGUCCUGCUGCCUUCCCUCCUCACCCAGAGCCUCAGCCUCACCUGGGCCCUCACCGACAGCUGGGGCCCCUCUGCCCCUCAACGGCACAGCCCCACGAGAAACACCUGCUGCCGACUCUGCGCCUGGAUCCUACAUGGCUCUGUGCAUCUGCUCCAGCUGGGACAGGUCUGGAGGUACCUGCGCGCUUUAUAUCUUGGCCUACAGAGCCGCUGGCAGACACAGCAGCAGAGCCGCCACUUCUACUGGCGCAUGAUGUUUGAGAAUGCAGAUAUCUGUAUGCUUCGUCUCCUGGAGACCUUCCUGAAGAGUGCCCCCCAACUGGUGCUGCAGCUCUGCAUCAUGCUUCAGCAGGGCCACGUGGAGCCCCUGCAGGGUAUUUCAGCCUCAGCCUCCCUCCUCUCCUUGGCUUGGAUGAUUGGUUCCUACCAGAAGGUGCUUAGAGAUUCUCGUGAUGACAAGAUGCCCAUGUCCUACAAGGGGGCUGUGGUUCAGGUCCUGUGGCACCUCUUCACAAUUGCAGCCCGUGCACUGGCCUUCUCACUUUUUGCCUCUGUCUUCCACCUCUAUUUUGGCAUUUUCAUUGUGACUCACUGGUGUCUCAUGACUUUCUGGAUCAUCCAAAGAGAGACAGAUUUCUGUAUGUCACGCUGGGAGGAAAUUAUCUACAACAUGGUGCUGGGCAUCAUCUAUAUUUUUUGCUGGUUCAAUGUGCGAGAAGGUCGGACCCGCUGUCGGAUGGCAACGUAUUACAUCAUUGCACUGUCUGAGAACGCCAUUCUCACUGCCCUUUGGUAUGUGCACCGUGGAGCCGUGCUGAGUGACUUCUAUGCUCUGCUAAUUGUGUGCUCAGUAGUUUGUAGCUUUGCUCUUGGUGUAUUCUUCAUGCUUAUUUAUUACAGUCUUUUGCAUCCAAAUGGCCCAAUGUUUGGGCCCUCAAACAGCAGCUGUGUGAUUAGUGAUGUGGCUGCUUUGGGUACAGAAAUCCCUCAAGGUCUCCCGGUACAGGGCAUGGAGAGUCUCCCUUCCACUCUGUCUCGGACUACAGGGCAGGAUAGGGAUUGUGUGGUAGGGGAUCGAGAUAACUGUCCUCCCGUCUUCCAGGUUCGGCCUAGUGUUCCACCAACCCCUAUCACUCGGCUCCCACGGGCACAGGGACCUGUUAUACGUAUAGAUCUUCCACGCAAGAAAUAUCCAGCUUGGGAUGCUCAUUUCAUUGAUCGUCGACUGAGGAAAACUAUUCUGGCACUGGAAUAUUCCUCCCCUGCCACUCCCCGUGUCCAAUAUCGCAGUCUAAGCCCCCCCAAGGAAUUUAUUGAAUAUGAGACCACAGUAUGACGCCAAAAUCAGUUGGGUGAACUUUUAAUGACACAUACGAGACUCUUUGCACCCUGAAUGGGACCUAAGAGACACCUCGGAGCCCAAAUUGUGGGUACUAGAAAGGCCAGGAAAGACUUGAAUGGGCUUGAUAGGCCCCAAAGAAGGAAUGGACAUGCAAAUAUGGUUCAACAGGACCCAUAGACAUUACUCAGGGAAUAGGGGAUCAUCUGGUGGGAGAGAUAUGGGACUUUUAGAUGGGAAUGAGGCAGAAAAAGAUGUAAUUUGCAUGAAAGAUUAUAGAGGGUGGAAAUAUUCUGCAAUUGGUAGGCGAUGGUGCUGAGAUUGGGAAGGGUCGGCCAUUGGUAGGAGAGAUUACAGAGACUGGGAAUGGUCAGCCGUUGGUAGGAGAGGUUAAUGAGACUGGGAGUUUACAGAGAUUGGGAAGAUUCAGUCAUUGGUAGGUGAUGGUGCAGAGAUUGGGAAGAGUCAGUCAUUGGUAAAAAAGAUUACAGAGACUGGGAAGGGUCAGCCAUUAGUAGAAGAGAUUACAGAUUUUAGAAAGGCUCAGUGAUCGGUAGGGAAAAUUACAGAGGUUGGGACGGGUCAGCUGUUGGUAGAAGAGAUUGCACCAAUUGGUGAGGCACUGGUACGAGAGAUUGCAGGGCGUGGAGCCAGGCACCAGAUUACAGACAGGAAAUAUGAUGGCCAGGUGGUAUAAGUGAAGAAUAGCUAUUGGGUUGUGGCCAAAGAUUCUUCCUGUACCUACCCAGAGUGCAGGGCAUUCCUACCUGUGAUUAUUGGAGUGUUGAGGCAAGCAAUUACGCAACAAGAGGAAGUCUUCAUAUGGAUUUCUGUGUUUUUAAUGUAAAACUGGUAAUGUAGAUAUGCAGGGGGAGGAGGACGAGGCAAUAUAUACCUAUCUAUGCCAGUUGGUUUUGCUUCUGUACAUAUUAGUCCUGAAUUUAAUUAAUUGAACUACUGACCAGAUGUCUACAUCUGACCUGGAAAAUAUACAUUUUAGAAUUCUACAAAGGCAAUGUACUAUAAAAUUAAUAGGAACAUUAGCUGGACAUUUUGUCUAUUUAGUGGAAAAAGUCUAAUGAAGUAACAGUCUGACCAAAAAAGAAUCUGUGACCCCAACUUUGUUAACUUUGGACCUCUGGGCUUCUGUUCCGCCAUAGCAAGUGACCAGUGUAAGUGGAGGUGGUUGUUCUGUUCUGUGAAAAUACUCCACUAAAAAACAACAUAAAAGCAACAUACCUAGCUGAACUUUCCUAUUAUAAAAAUCUGUGUUGGUUCCCCUGCAAAUGUAGAGAUGGGGCCAGUAUUGGAAAUGACUACACUCAUUCAUUUUCUACUUGAUCAUAUAUAAUGCACAAGUAGAGCAGUCAGAGCAAAUUUUGAGCACCGAUCUUGGUAAAAGGGUCCCACAACAAAAGAACAUAAGAAGGUCCCUCUGAUAAAGAAAAUAGGCAGGUCCUGCAGAUGGAGGUGGUAAAAGUGCACCAAAGACAGGAGAGUAAAGCUCCCCAUAGACGCGACGAUUCUUCUUUCCAAACACCGAUUUUAGCAAAGUCGGACCAAUCCUUCGAAAUUAUCGUGCGGUUAGUGGGAUUGGAAUGAUCAUACAUUUUACGAUUUUUCGGCCGACAUCUGUCAGGAAAUUGAUCGGCCAGGUUAAAAAAUCUUUGUCGGCCCCAGUACAAUCUAUGUUUGCAGGGACAAACAGGCAGCUCCCCUUAGUUUUCCUGGCAAAUUGGUCUUUUUAGUUGAUGGUCAAUUCGUACGAUCGUUCCGAGAAAAUCGUGGUCUCACGAUGCGGCUCGGACGUUUUAAAAAUCUCAACAUCUAUGGCCAGCUUUAUGAGAAUGUUAGGUCUAUACAAUCCUGGUCCAUAGAAAGACUCCAUUUGGAGACGGUGUUUUGCAAAAUUCCCCCUCAUACAAUUCUCCAUUCAAGCUCCGCAAGUCAUUAUUCUCAGUGGAAACCUCUUAGACCCCUUCCUGCAACACUGUCUUGAAAAGGGGGUUCCAUCAUUAUUCUUUGUUGCUAACUGGACAGCUUUCCAAUAAUGUGCAGUCAGUAUUGCAUAGCUCUGACUAGACUGCUAAGCUUCCAGUGCAGCUGAAGAAUUUCCAAUGGUUUUUGCCCGGGAUUUCUGUUUGUCACAAUUGGUUGGUUCAGACUCCAUGGUGGGCAGUUUUCUACAGGAGAGCAACUGGGUAGCGGAUGGAGUUGUAUUGUAUUUUCCAUUCCCAGGUUUCUGGUUUGGGCACUUGUAUCUCAUGUCACUAAUGUUCAUAAACUUCUCUAUUGCCUGAUCUGUAAGUCAAUAAAUAGUUGUUGUUUUGGGGCAAAAUGCUGGAAAUUGAAUUUUCUAGUCACCAGUUUUUGUAUGUUUCCCAUAGGUGCUAUACAAAGAAAUAAAAGCAGUUUCACUA